AACUGUGACUAUCCAGUAGCUAAUACUUGUAGAUCAGUGACACAACAUUCUCUAGUCUUGAGCAAGAUUCUUAUCCAAAGUUGAGAUUAGCUCCAAUAUAAUAUCAAUGUCGUCGGUUCAAGAGGUCUGCAAGAUUCUGGCUGACCUAAGCCAAGGUGUGGCCAAUACCAUUACUGAAAACGGCCAACAUGUAUCGAAGAACGAAGAACUAAAGUCUAUAGCUAAUCUCUAUUUCGAGAAUACCACCAAGACUUUGAAUUUAUUCAACAAUUUCAUGCACACGGACGAGUUCGCGACACAGUAUGAGUCUGUUUACAAGGAUCAUGUCAUGCUUUUAGAAAAGAUCCGUGAGCUAGAAGUAGUGCUCGAGAAGAAGCAUAAGCAUGCAAAGACAAGUAGGAGAGUGGCGGUUGGUUUUCUCGCGGCUCUGUCUCUCCCUGUUGUCGCCAUAGUGGUAGUAGCCGCAUCAAAUCCGGCGUUUGGAAUGGCUGGCCAAGCAGGGGAAAAGUCCUUCGAGAAGAUGAAGAAGAUCUAUGAAUUGACGAAGAAAGUAGAGAAUUCUAAGGAGACACUGUUAGGUUUGUCUCUGUUGAUUGGAAACAGAACAGAAGUCAACAUUGAAGCGAUGAAGACGAUAAAGAGCCUAGUCGAGUGUUAAGCCACAAUUGAAGAUUAAGUAUUUAGUCUUUAAUUAUUGUGUUCUAUGCAAAUAAUGGUGUGAAUGGCUUCCCAAUUUGUAAUAGAACCAUAUUACCACUCUCUCAUUUCUUUGUUGUUUGUUUCUUGUAUUUGGAUUUUUGUUGUCGUGAUGAAGAAGAAAGUAGCUUGUGAAUUUGUGAUUAUUGUGGUGGGUUUUGAUUUGGGGUUUAUGUAGAGAAGUGAAUGAGAGAUUCAAAUGAUUUAGUUCUGUUCA